UAUAUACAAAGUUAUUCUUUUUUCUUUUGAAUGCGCAAAAUAGUGAUUCAAACCCGUUUUCUUUUGAACGGUUUGGAGUCAAAAUUGAAUUAUUUUGAUAUCCCUAUGUUGGGCUUUUCGCUAAGCAUAAUUGAAACCACAAAACAUCGAUGAUUGACGUUGAUUCAUGUUUUCAAAACCGGAUCUAGAAACGGCAAUGGAAAACGACGUAUUAUUGCAUUCUUUAUUUCGAUAAGAAUUUUCCGAGAAUGAAAACGCACUGAACUGCAAGAAGUUUUUUUUUCACUCAAAUGUUUAAAAACUCAACGCUUACUCUAAUAUUUGAAUAAAUGCGAGAGAACUCAUGACAAUGAGUUUAUUUUACUCAAAUUCAUACUCAAAUUUUGACAUAUUGUUCCAGUUUAUGAAUUUGAGUAAUCGCAACUCAAACCUUGAGUUAUGUUCAAAGAGCGUGUACUGGGUCGUAGUGAAAUGUUUUCAAUAGUUUGGUUCAGUGUGAAGAACCACGUUCAUAAAUUUUUCGAUUUGCACCCCUGAUUUCUACAAACAAAGCAAACAAUAAUAUUAUGAAGUUUCUACGCAUCAGCUGUCUGUGGAUAUUGAUUGCUCAUUUAUCUUGUUUAUAAUUUGAUUGAGAAAAAGUUCGAAAUAUUCAACUAUGUUAUCAAAUAUUAAUAGUUUUGUGAAUUUAAACCAAAGAUUUUCUAAGCAUUUUGCAUUUACGAACAAAUCAUUCAAGUGUUUCGAAAUAACCAUUAACUAGAAAUUAAAAACGUAGUUUGUAAAAUAGAAAGCAAAACUCCCUAUGCACCGGAAUUAAUCAGCGUAUUUGUGUAGGCAAAACUUGCGAAGGACAGUGUCAAACGCGAAACGAAUAUGAUGGAAUAUACAUUUAAUUUGUUCCUAACAGUGUUUGCUAUACUGGGAGGAGUCUGGCUGGCUGGUCGUUUUGUUCUGAAAGAAGAUGUUGUUUACAUUCCGGAUGGAAAACGGCGGCAUGCAUGGAAGUCGGUGAAGUUGCUAAAUCGUUCCUGUUUUUGUUCGAUUUGCGAAAUAUUGAUGUCAUCGAAUGGUUUGUUUUGCGAAAACUGCGGCGUAUGUUCUGACAACGGUUGUGUUCGCAAGGCUGAUGUUGAGUUUCGCUGCAAGGAGCUUCGGAUUCGAACCCGAGCGGAUGAUGGACGAGAAAGUCGACACUUGUGGGUGAAAGGAAAUGUUCCGCUUGGAUCAGAGUGUUGUGUUUGUUCGGAGGAUAUAGAUCAAAUCAGUGAACCGGGUCUAUACGGGCAGCGCUGUGCCUGGUGUCAGCGUGCCUCGCACGAUAAAUGUUUCAGCGAGAUAUCCGGUACGUUAUGCGAUUUUGGAGAGUUCAAAAGCAUGAUUUUCCCACCAAAGUGUGUUUUGGCCUCACGUAGUAAAGGGGCUCUAAAGGUUCAUCUGACUGGUAUAGUCCCGCCAGAGUGGAAGGAUCAAUGGAAACCGUUGAUUGUGAUCGCAAAUUCGAAAUCUGGCAGCAGUGGAGCAUCGGAAAUAGUUGCUAAUUUGAGAGGAAUUCUGCACCCACUGCAGGUGUUGGAAUUAUCUCAUGGACCACAGGAAGCUCUGCAGUGGGCGAUUUUUGCUGCCCCAGCUACCUGUAGAAUUUUGGUAGCAGGUGGCGACGGUACCGUCGAUUGGGUACUCAACACAAUUCUGCAGAUGCGUGUUGAACCUCAACCGGAGGUGGCGAUUCUGCCGUUGGGAACCGGUAAUGAUCUUUCGCGUGUUCUUGGCUGGGGUGCGGAAGGCCCGGACGUGUUCAAUCCUGUUGACUAUUUGCGUAAGAUUCAGAAGGCGCAACCGAUCAAAUUGGAUCGUUGGUUGAUGGAAAUUGCCGUUCAUCACCAUGGCCGAUUUCACGUUCCCCGAUUCCAUUUUAGACGAAGUGUGUUCGUGUACAACUAUUUCAGCAUAGGAGUUGAUGCUUUGGUGACAUUGAAUUUCCAUAAGGCUCGCGAGAGUUCACUUUAUCUUUAUAGUAGCAGAUUUAUCAAUAAGGCUUUGUAUCUUUGCUUUGGAACCCAUCAGGUUGUUCAACAGGAUUGCGUCGAUUUGGAGAAAAAAGUUGAACUUUUCCUAGACGAUGUAAAAAUUGAUUUGCCGGAAUUGCAAUCCAUUGUCGUACUUAACAUUGACUCUUGGGGUGCUGGUGUCAAACUUUGGGAAAUGAGUCGUGACUCACCUCAUCACGGAGGAACUAUACGGGAAACACAUAGCAUUUCGGAUGGCAUUUUGGAAGUUUUCGGUGUUGUGUCGUCGUUUCACAUUGCCCAGCUUCAGGUUGGACUGAGUAAACCCGUACGAUUAGGUCAAGCCCGCAGUGUGAAACUUCGUACCUACAGCACACUACCAGUACAAGCAGACGGCGAACCAUGGAUGCAAUCGCCCUGUGAUAUUAACAUUAAUCAUUGCGGUCAGGCAACAAUGCUCCGCAAUACAUCCCAGUGAGUAUGUGUUACCAGUUACCAAGGAACGCUCUCUUUUUAUGCUAGUCGAAUAAUACUGGGUCGAUUUGUUGACAUUGGAAUCUCGAUUGGAAUAAGGUAAGUAUCCGAGAAAACCUGUUCUUUAGUUUUGUUUUUUUUUUUUAAUUAGAGAAUGUUUGAAAUGAACAUUCCUUCCAUUCGGAAUAUAUUUUUGAAUAUAACGUACUUUCAACGACGCGAUUUUUUGGUUUCUAGUUUGUUCUCGGUAUCGAUAAACGACUUUGAUUUUUAUAUAAUGGACAUAAUUCGUAUUCCUAUGGGCUUGUGAAUUGCCAACGAUCUUAAUUACGAUAUAUAUAGUCAUUUAAAAGAGUACCUAGAUAAAUCUGAUUUACUUUAAUCCUAAAAUCAAACUUAUGUGUGAAUGUAUAUAGAUGUAGCAUUUAAUCAAUCCAGUAAGUAUGUUCUGAAUUUCAUCUGCCAUGUGGGAAUUGAAAUUGAAUGGAACUUGGAAUAGAUUAAAUUACUAGAAACAGAAUCAAAAUCAGGGGUUUCUCGUACUAUUUUCGUAGGCAUGGUUUAUAUAAGGAAAUAUGAUUCAAAUUUUGAACAUAAAUAACAUGACUCAGUGUCGUUUUUCGAGAUACAUUCGCACGGAUUAUAGUCACCCAACACUUGAAGUCUUCGUGUCUUCCAACUAAUCGAUUUUUGGGUGAUCAUUAAUUCAUGAUUCUGUAUUGUGUAAUAUUUUGCUUUUGAAUGAAAAUGCAUUUCUAAAUUGAUAUAAGAAGUAGUGUUUUUUUGCGUAAUGAUAACUAAAGCAGUUUUGGCUUUUUUGUUUGCUAUAAUAUUAAAUAUAUACAAAUGGGUGUCGAAUGCAUUAAUAAA